CACCCGCCAGCGCCUGGUUGUCAGCGCCCGCCCGCCCAGCUUCCGUCCCGUCAGUGCGCGCUAUGGGUCCACGCGCUGCGAGCUAGAGGAUCGCGCGGAGCCUCUGGAGCGCCAAGGCUGGGUGUUUCCUGUCCUCGGCCCUGGGACAGGCAGUGAGCUUCGGAGAGGAUUUGUUGAUGCCUUCUUGCCUGAAGAGUCUCCAGCUGCUCUGAUGAUGGCUUAGGAAGAUUGCAUGCUGCUCCUUCUCCAUGCCAUGCCAGGCCCACUUGGAGCUGCAGAUCUCAGUCCUUCAUGGAGACCAGGUCCCAGCAGGAAUGUCAGUGUAGGAAAUUGGCACCCAGAUGGCUCCUCCACGUGAAGUCGUCUCGCGCUGUGGGCUGACUCGAGGACACCUGGUGUCCAGGCCUGCCCUCUGUCAGUCACCCGAGGCAGGGCGGCAUGGUGCGCAUUCAGAGGAGGAAGCUCUUGGCACCCUUCCUGUGCAUGACAGCUACUGUCUUUCUGCUUGUCACACUCCAGGUUGUGGUUGAGCUGGGGAAAUUUGAAAGGAAGACGUUUAAAAACUCCCACUUGCAAGAUGGACAGGAAAAGGUGGAAGAGGAGUCCAAACAGCUCAAUGUAUUCUUUAAGAAAGAAGCACUGACCUUGAAUAGGAAGAAAAAGUUGGAAGUUGAUGGCCACCCCAUCAUGCUGUGGUGGUCCCCACUAACUGGGGAAACUGGACGGCUGGGCCAGUGUGGAGCGGAUACUUGUUUCUUCACAAUCAACCGGACCUACCUACAUCACCCCAUGAUGAAAGCAUUCCUCUUCUAUGGUACCGACUUUAACGUAGAUAGCUUACCUCUGCCUCGGAAAGCCCAUCAUGACUGGGCCCUUUUCCAUGAAGAGUCUCCAAAAAACAAUUAUAAGCUCUUUCAUAAGCCAGUCAUCACCUUGUUCAACUACACAGCCACUUUCAGCAGGCAUUCCCACUUGCCACUAACUACCCAGUACCUGGAGGGCAUAGAUGCCCUGAAGUCACUCCAAUAUGUAGUUCCUUUGUCCUCCAAAAACAACCUAAGAAGAAGACUUGCUCCACUGGUGUAUGUACAGUCAGACUGUGACCCGCCGUCAGACAGGGACAGCUAUGUCCGUGAGCUAAUGACUUACAUCGAGGUUGAUUCCUAUGGUGAGUGUUUAAGAAAUAAAGAUCUCCCUCAGCAGCUGAACAAUCCAGCUUCUAUGGAUGCUGAUGGCUUUUAUAGGAUCAUAGCCCAAUAUAAGUUUAUCCUUGCUUUUGAGAAUGCAGUUUGUGAUGACUACAUCACGGAGAAGUUCUGGAGACCACUGAAACUUGGGGUAGUCCCUGUGUAUUAUGGGUCCCCCAGCAUCAUAGAUUGGCUUCCAAGUAACAGAAGUGCUAUUCUUGUAUCAGAAUUCUCUCACCCCAGAGAACUGGCAAGUUACAUUAAACGAUUGGACUAUGAUGACAGAUUGUACGAGGCCUACGUAGAAUGGAAGCUGAAGGGUGAGAUCUCUAACCAGCGACUUCUGACAACUCUCAGGGAACGGAAAUGGGGAGUGCAAGACAUCAACCAGGACAAUUACAUUGAUGUGUUUGAGUGUAUGGUGUGCAGCAAGGUGUGGGAUAACAUUAGGCUACAGGAAAAGGGCUUACCACCCAAAAGAUGGAAGGCAGAAGUGACCCACCUGAGCUGCCCAGCGCCCACCAUGUUUGCCUUCUCCUCAGCCUCUCAGUGCCCUCAUUGCCCUCAGGCUCCACGGGGGAACACCAUGCGAGACAUGUGGAUACCAAGCUUCCAACAAUCCAGAAAAGAAGCCCAGGAACUGAGGUGGCUGGUUGAUAGGAAUCAAAAUUUUUCAGCUCAAGAGUUUUGGGCCCGAGUGUUCAAGGACUGAUUUCAAAAUGCAUUAGAGUGUCACGGACUGGAUGAGGAUUAUUUUUUAGAUUGCCUUAAUAUUUGAAAAUAAUAGCUAUUUUGGUGACUACCUUGAGGAUAACAAUUAAUUGCUGCAGUUAUCAUAAUGAGCCCUAUCAAAUAAUAGAUAUGAAUUAUCCUUACAGGUUGCCUCCAUUUUUUUAUACUUUUAAAAAGUGAAUAUUUUUGAUGGACGUUGGGCACCUCCAGGUCACAUGUGUAGACUCACGCACUUGCUGCCUUUUGUGGAAAUUCACCUAAUGCACAGUGGGUGUUUUCCUUGCUGCAAUAGAACUAGAAGAUCUAGCUGUGGAUUUUGGGGUGCUCUUCUCACUAUCAGCAGCACGUUGGUGUUUGGCAAGCCCAGUGUCUCACUGCUGAGCAUGAACGUGAAGUGCAUUAGAACUUGGCAAUGAAAGAGUCCAUCUGUUUGCUUCCAGGGAUGUAAGUAAGAAAAGCUUAUCUGUCCAGCUUAUCUGCUAUCUACUCUUUAGCAAUAAAUAAAAUAAUAAUACCUGACAAGUCAAAAGAACAUAUGCAUAUCUGCCUUCUCUAUGUUCUCAGCCAUGUCUUUAGCCUGUUUUAUGUUCACCUUGCCCAGUGGCUUGCUCCCAUUUCUCCUCCAUAGUGGAAGUCCUUUAGAGAUGUAACUCCUCUGUGUUUUUUUGUUUUGUUUUGUUUUUGGAGACAGGGUCUCACUGUGUAGCCUAGGCUGGCCUUGAACUUGUAGUCCUGCCUCAGCCUCCUGAAAGCAUACAUCAUUAUAACUGCCCUCCUUGUGCACUUUCAUCAGUGAAAUGUUGUAGAUUAUUCCUUAUAUAGAUGAGUAAUAAUAAUUGUCUGAUUGGAUCUGGCCAGCUUGUAGGUUUUGAUCAAUGUAAGAGGGGAAAUGAACACCCCCAGGUGGUUUUAUGUUGAAGCUAAUUUGUCUCUAGGAUAAUGCACAGCCCAUCCUGAUGGGCAGCCCAAGGUGUUCUCUUUGAACAUUUCCCACUUUCUGAUUCUAUCAGAGAUGAGGUUCAUCUGUCUUGUCUGAGGCAUCUCCUGGAGGUCCACAAAGGACAAAGAAAAACAACACUGGCUCACAUUUUCUUUCUGUGCAAUGGUGAGGUGACUUCUAUGUGACACUGCAGGCUGUUGCCACCUGGUGUGUCAUGGCUUCCAUAUUCUGUACUGAGGAAAAGCACAAGCCACAGAGGGCACCCAGAGGACAUGGCAUAAAGGGAAAUUUCAGAAUGCUCCCGUGACUCCAGGUCCCUUUUAUUGCCCACCAAUGCCACUGUCGUGCCUGACAUGGGCAGUGUCUUCUCUACAUAGCCGUCUCUCUGGCCAUGGUAGCCAGCAUGUGAGAAAAGAGGGCCAAGCCUGCACAUCCUUUAGAAGUAGAAAUGACCAUGUUGCUGGGCAUCUGUGACUGGGUUCCUCCCAAGCCCAGAUCUGCCAUUAACUAAAUGUGAUCUUGGACAAAUGUCUUAACCUCUCUGGGCCUUAGCUUUUGCAUCUAAAAAGAAAUGAUUGGGGCUAGACUUUCACAUUGUUUUUGUGUAACAUUCUUUAAUUUUUCAUCAAAGUUUAAGAUGUUUAAUAUUGUAGGUUUUUUAUUGCUAAGACAGUAACAAACUAACUCAGAGCAACUGGGGUGUACUUACUGGGUAGUAUUGGGGAUGGAGGGGACUAUUUCUCUGAAAUAAAGUAGAAAAGCUUAGAAAGGGGGAUUGUUUGUUAAAAGCUAGGUUUUAAAUUGUAUACUAAAUGAAGUGGGCUACUUUCUGCACAUCAAAAGAAAGCACACAGGAUCAUUUUUGCCUGUGACAAGAUAGCAUAGUAGCUUCAGUUCUUCUGCAUAAAUGCCUCAAACAUAUAGUCAUGGUGUAGACACAACAUGCAUGUCCUAUUCCUCCAUGUUUCAUGCAGUCUUGUUCCAUUCUCCUUCUUUAUCAAGAGUUCAUAGGUAAAAUUUUUCCCAAAUUUGUUUGAAGCAUAUAUCCAUGAACAUAUUUAGUGAAACAAAAUUGUCAAUUAUUUAAUACAGAAUAAAAAUUUUAUAAGGAAGGAGAAUGGAAAAGAAGGAGUACCAUGGACUUUAAAAUGGUAUAUAUUUCAAUGAAAGUAAAUUAAAGGUGCACUGGGAUUCUGAGUACCCGCAGAUUGGAGACUUGACUUUUUUGCUUAGCAUGUUCAUCAUCUGCAGCAGGGUUUUCAUAGGUAAAAUGAUGCCUUCUUGUCUCUGACAGCUGCUGUUAGAAGUGUGUCCUCAUGGAAUAGCAGGAUUCUUGGUAUAGCAAAUGAGAGCUGUGCUUUUCCAAUGCUUUAGUAUAUUUUGUCUGGGUUUGCCAGCCCCAUCAUAUCAUAUCUUUUUCUUUACCUCACUGUCUCCAUUUGUGAAACGGGGUUAAGCCAAUGACCUGCCUCACAGGGCUGUUGUGAGGAAUGACUCAUGGGUGUGAACAGCUUUGUGCAGUGCGACAUUUUGUUUUGUGCUUCAGUACAUUUCACUUGAAUUGUUCUCAAGGAUAAAUUUUCAAAGCAAUAUGACAAGGUAGACAGAAAUCUUUACAGAACUAUUGGAGAAAAUGAUUGCUAAUGCUAAUCAAGAGUCUUCACCUGUUCACCUGAAAAUGGAGAUAACUUUGACUUUUAAUCGUGUAACAAAUCUAAUAUUUCAAGACCUAAA